CUUAAGUAAACGAAACACGAGCAGGGAUUGAAGAGACUGGGUGGGACUGAACGUGUACUGGGUAACACACGGAACCGCGGCGUGUACACAUCUGCACUGACAAAGACAGCCGAUAGCUUUGUCGAAGUUAGUUCUCUAAUAUUAUAAAUUUGUGAAACGUGGUAAAGUAGCGUGAACGUGCUUUCUCAAGAAUUUCUGUUUUUGUUUGACCGUUUUUGUGAAUACGCUUCUGCUCCGACUGUAAGAUGAAUUCAUUGGGCAGUUCUUCCAAAUGGCCAUCUUAUGACUCACUACCCUCCACCUCAAGCUUUCUCCUCAGUGAGAGUGAGCAGACGGAGGAUGAAGCAGACGUCUUCUCAGAGGGAGACGGGGACAGUGGAAUAAGGAAUCCCCUCUCAGUUGAUGAAGGAAUCACACUUUCUAGAAAUUACCUUGAUUUCCCAGCUCAUUCAGAUCAGCUGCACUUGAGGUCUAAGGGCGACCAGCCUGAACACUGCAUGGGGGAAACUAAGCAUCGCGACUCAGCCUCUUCUCCUGGAGCUGCCACACUAGGGUCAUCUUCAGCCACACCAGGGGACCUGGCUUUCGCUCAGAAGUGUACAGAUUUGUGCAGGUUUAUCCGUCCUCUGCUUGAGCUUCUACAGGGGUUAAAGAUGGGGCGAUUUGAGAAAGGUUUAUCCAGCUUCCAGCAGAGUGUUGCCAUAGACAGAUUGCAGAGGAUUCUUGGAAUACUACAGAGGCCUGAAAUGGGUGAGAAAUACCUCCAAAACCUGCUGCAGAUAGAGAUGUUGCUCAAAAUGUGGUUCCCUCAGGUGGCAUUUCAGUCCACAGAUGCACCAAGUCAGACCACCACUCUCAGACAACCACCACACUGGCGCCAAAAUCAGCUCCACAUGCCAGUUAAGAAGAGAAAACUGAGCUGGUCAGACCCUGAAUACUCUGGCAAAGUCCCAAUCGAGCAGAAGCACCAUCUACAUGGAAAACAUGGGAGCUGCCAGGCUGCUGAUUCACUUGACAUCAUUUCCACAUGUCUACCUGGAUCACAGAAAAGACAGAAAACUCAAGCGGAAGAAACAGCUGAGCCAACUGGGGGCAGGUGCACAGCUGGACACAAAUUUACAGACACUGAUAGGCCGUUAUAUUUAUGUAGCAAGAGAGAAAAUGAGUAUCGGAAGCAGCCUGAGCUUUCUUUGCCCUCCACUUCCCCUUGUUGCAGCCCAGCUGCACAGGACAGCUCAGUGUCCUCAAGUGACACCAUUACUACAACUGACUCACCUUAGCUGGCCUUAGCUGACUUUGCUACCACAUGGAAGUGCCACAGCAUGCCAGCGAGAGUGAAGACAGAGGGCGGACCCGAUUACAUAAGCAUAAAGUUAGACGCAGAGCCAAUCUGUGAUGGCUGUGAGGCAUGUAAAACCAGAAGAGGAGGAGGAGGAGGAGAAAUGCAGGAAGACUCUCGUUAACUCCUAACUGUCCAGUGUGGUUUUUGAUUACACCGGACUUAUUGCACUAUAUUACAUUAUAUAUAUGUGAGAGUAUCACUUUUGUAUACAUUGACAUUUACUAAGUUAAAAACUGUUGAAAAUAACUUUACAUGUGUUAUGCGCUUAAGCAGUCUGUGCUUUGUUUUGUAUCUUUUCAUAUUACUGAACAAAACCCCAACAGUAACAGUGUUGGAUUUCACGUCAUUGGUGAGAAACAGAAAUAACAUAUCACUUUUGAGAAGGUGAGAAAACACACUGAGGAUCAUUGCCGCUAUAGUUUAAAGCUGAAACAAUUUGUUGUUUGUCCAUUAAAUAAUCAUUCAAACAACAAUUCCGUAAAUCUUCUGGUUCCAGCUUCUUACAUAUGAGGAUUUUUGCUUUUCUUUGUCACAUAUGAAAGUAAACUGACUACCUUUUGGUUUUACCUUGUGCUCCUGCAACUUGUGAUGGUCAUUUUUAUUUAUUUAUUUAUUUUUUAAUUAAACAAUGAAUCGAGAAAAUAACUAGCAACUUCAUUUGUGAUGAAAAUAAUUAGUUGCAGCCCUGGCACAGUUACAAAAAACAUUUCAAUCAUGAACACAGAUUAAAAUGGCAUUUAAAAAGAUUAUAUUUGUAUUUUGCCUGCUGAUUGUAACAUAUGGUGGAAAAAAGGCAUGUAGGUAGUGCCAACAUGUGCCAAACAAAACCAUUUUGCAUUAUCUUAUCAAAUACCUUACUUCACAGUCACUACUUCUUAAUUUAUUUGCAUUUAAGACACACAACAUCUUUGUUUUUAUGUAAAUAAGAAAGGUGUAGUUGCACUUACAAAAAAAAGUAAAAAGAACAAUACACUGCACAGGAAAUACCACAACCUGAUUGAUCAAUAAUUAUUGAGGUAGUUAAGGAACUAUAAAAUUAGUGUCUGGAUGUUAAUGCCAUUUACUGUUUUUGCUUGCCAAUGAAUAAAUUUGUUUUGUGUAGAAAGACAUUUUUUUAUACCUUAUAGAUCAGGCCUAAUAUAUUUGAUCCAGUGUUCAAAAGAUGUAACUGCACUUUGGAUGAUGAUGAGGAACUGUUUGUUACCUUUCACCUUUGUUAACAUUAAAAAGUUAUUUAUAUAGUAAUUAUUUAUUAAAGAUGUGUUUAAGAGAAUCAGUACUUGGAAACCCUUACUCCAUCAGCAGACUGAUAGAGCCAAGAUGGGUGAUUUACAGGUACUUGAGCCUUUACAACUAUGCUUAUAAUUUGAUUGUGUUUUAUUUGAAUGCCCAAAUGUAACAUGUCAUUAUGAGGGAGCAGCUUCUGUAUCCCAUUUAAAAUUGAUUUGUGUCACUGACUUGCUGUUACAAAAUCACUCAAAGUGCUUUACUAUUGAUUAUGUAAUGAGGGAAUAUCAUGGAGAUAUGAGAAACAAACAUUUCUGUUCCCUAACACAUCAGUUAUUUUUGAUGGCAUUUGCACAUUGUACCACCCUUUUUAAAUCAGAUAUCAUUCAUGUUGAAUGGUGUUUCAUCUCUGGUGGUUUGUCACCAGUCAGCCUUACAUAUAUAUAAGACAUAAAGGUAACCCUAAACUUGCAUAUGUCAUUGUAAACCAAGUGUGCUGCUGCAUUGGCCCUGAGUUUUGUUAUUUAAAAUGGAAACUAACCACGUGGUGGAGAACAAUAGUGUAGUAUAGGGUUGUUUUAAAAUAACAGUACAGUGUCUUUCAUUUGUGAAAUAGGUGAAAAGCUGAAAGUAGAGGAAAAAUUUGAUUUCCCAGUUGUAUCUUCCUUGAUUUUAGUUUCCUUUGUUUAAGGCUAUUUCUUUGUUUCUUAUAAUGAAACUGUCAUUGCUGAGGAUUGAUUGAUAAAUGCACAUAUUUUUAUAUAUUAAAUGAAUGAUGUGGUUCGUCAAAACACAGUAUAUUUGUUGAUUUCUGGAAUAAAACACACAGUCGACAGUA